AUGCUGUGCCAUAACUAUUGAUGUAUUUGCCCAGUGCGCAGCGCUGUAGGCAGAGCAAGGGGGCGGAAAUAUUUCAGUAUCCUUGAAGCGGACAGCUGCCACCGGAUCCACACUCCUGCUGACCGCCGGGCUCCGCAUCCGAGCCGGGACGCCAGGUGGAUCAUAAUUCAGACCUAACGCAGGGGAGGGUGUAACCGCCACACUAAAGGCAAACACGUCCCAGCUUCUGCAAGAUCGUGACCACUUGCACGCCACUAAGGAGGUAGUGAAAGGGUGAGAAAGAAGAGAGAGGAAGAAAGAGAAAGAGGGAAGAGGAGAGGAGGGGAGCAUCACUACAGAGAGAUGGCGGAGUGCGGGCGGAAGGCGCUGUCUCUCCUGGAAGCGGCCCGCUCCCGGUACGAGAGCCUGCAGAUCUCGGACGACGUGUUCGGCGAGUCAGGGGAUGACAGCAGCGACAAUCCUUUCUACAGCACCUCCGGAGACUCCGACUCCGAUAACUACAUAGCCGAGGUAGGCGAGGAGGAUCAACAGCAGCAGCCGCAGCAGCAGCAACAACACCACCACCAUCACUCAAAACGGGGCGAUAAGGAGAGUGGACACAGCGGGGGAACAGGAGGUGGCAGCGCAGCCGGCCCCCCGGGCUCCCUAUCCCGUAGUCAGGCAGAGGAAGAGGGCUGGACGGAGACUCUGCAGGAUGUCACGGUCCCGCCGUACAAAGAGACAUAUGGCCCUGCUCAGAAGAUGCCGGCCACUGCUACAGCCUUGGACUUUUUCCAGCUCUUUGUCCCGGACAACUGCAUCCAAAACAUGGUCACUCAAACUAACAUGUAUGCCAAGAAGUUUCAGGAGCGUUUCGGCUCAGACGAAGGCUGGCGUCCCGUCACAGCCCAGGAGAUGAAAGCGUUCCUGGGCUUUGUCACCUCCACUAGUGUGCACCGCUGUGAGUCGGUGCUCAGCAUCUGGAGCUCGGGCUUUUUCAGCAACCAGAGCAUCGCUUUGAAGAUGAGUCAGUCACGUUUUGAGAAGAUCCUCAAAUACUUCCACAUUGUGGCUUUCCGGCCAUCACAAGGAAGCAACCAGGGCCUUUACAAGAUCCAGCCCUUCCUGGAUUCGCUGCAGCAGUCCUUCAGCUGCACCUUCAGACCUUCACAAACACAGGUUCUUCACGAGCCCUUGAUAGAUGAGGACCCAGUGUUCAUCACCACCUGCACAGAAAGAGAGCUGAGGAAGAGGAAGAAGAGGAAGUUCAGCCUCUGGGUUCGACAGUGCACCUCCACCGGUUUCAUCUGUCAGAUCUCAGUCCAUCUGAAAGAGGGCCAGGGUACAGAUGGUCUGGCCACCUUGAAGAACAAACCUCAGCUCCACAGUCUUGUGGCCAAGCAACUCUGCCAGAACAUUUCCGGAAAAAACGCCAUCAUCUUCACUGGGCCAUCUAUCACAAGCCUCAGCCUCUUCACAGAAUUCAGCAAACAAGAUAUCUAUUGCUGUGGUUUGCUGAGCACCAGGAAGAGCGACUGUACAGGCUUACCACAAAACAUGCUGGUCUGUGGCUCCACGCCUGCGCAGCGUGGCCAGUCUCGCAUAAUGAUGAAAGGCACCAUGUCACUGAUCAGCUGGUACAACAAGGGACACUUUAGGUUCCUCACCAAUGCCUAUUCCCCAACAAAAAAAGGGCUGAUCAUUAAGAGAAAAAGUGGGGAGAUCCCGUGCCCCUUGGCUGUUGAGGCCUUUGCAGCCCACCUCAGCUACAUCUGCAAAUACGAUGACAAGUACAGCAAGUACUUCAUCUUCCAUAAGCCCAACAAGACGUGGCAGCAGGUGUUCUGGUUGAGCAUCAGCAUUGCUAUCAACAACGCAUACAUUCUCUACAAGAUGUCUGACGCUUACACAGCCAAACGCUACAGCCGAGCGCAGUUUGGAGAGAGACUGGUCAGAGAGCUGCUUGAUCUAGACGACUGCUCCCCCACGCAGUGAGGAAGAGAAGGAGGAGGUUGAUGAAGACAGAAGGAGCUCACAACAAAAACACUUAACACAGUCCCCCACACAUACAUUCACACUCAGCUGUACAGACUUUGCAGUCUGUGUCUAUGUGAUAAUACUGAAGCAGUGCCAAGCCUAUUUCUCUCUUCCUAUAGUGUUUUUUUUUUUUUUUUUUUGUGGCUCUGUAACUAUUCAUUAACACACAACUGCACACUACACAAAGAUCAUGAGCCUUGAGACUUAGCUGCAAUCAUUAACCCCACAGAUUUACUAAGGAUUUGUCAACAGGAGCUAUUUCACAAGCAGAGAUAAAUGAGGAACGAUAAAAGAAAGACCAUUUCUCUCCUAAAUGAUGUCAGCUUCAAGUUUUAACGAGUUAAAUUAUUUAUACGAACUCCUGCGCAAGUGUUCAAACAGCAUAACCGUCAGGCUGAGAGGCUACAUGUAGCUCAAUAUUUACACUCUGCAAAAACACCUGUAACAAAGUCUUAGUAAACCGGGAGUAAGGUGUCUUCACACGCUGCAUGCGUUAAGAAUCCAGAUUGUGAUGUUUACUUGUUCAGUGUGAAAAUGAUUUCUGCUCCAGGUGAGUUUGUGUGUGUGUGUGUAUUUAGCAAGUGGAACUGCCGUUUGUGUGCGCCAUUGAGCCAGAGGAUGUAAAUGUAUGGCUUUUGUGACCCAGAUGUGUUGUGUUGCUGCAUACUGUACCUGUGAGAGAAAGACUGUCAGUGGAUCUAAAGCCACACCCAGCAGUGUGCCACCACUUCACAGCCUCCCACAUCAAGAGUCUAGAAAAGACCCAAAAAAAAGAAAAGUCUUAAAGACACUGCUUCCCGUUUUUUUUGUUUUUUUUUUAAUGCAAUAAUUAACAUGAAAUAAACAAUGAAGUUAAAGCUAGAAAAACAUUCUUAGGUUUUAUUUUUUAAAGAGUGCACUUCUUAAACUCAGGCUGUCCGCUUCAUCAGGACAGUGUAGGUGUUGAUUUUAUUUCACUUAACUGGCCACAAAAAGUAACAAACUGACAACUGUUAACAAAUGUUGACAAGUCCUGAUUGGUAUACAGAAGUAUGCAACAUCUUUCUGUAGGAUCGCAAGGCUCAUUCUGAAAGAAUUAAGAGGACAGAAAAUAGGCAUUCAGGGUCUUUAAUAACAAUUGUAACAACAAAUGCUGUCACAUCUGCGUCCUGCUUUUGUACCAACAACACUUUAAUUGGCAGUAAACUCAUCUUAACCACUUUAUUCAUUACACUUUAGUGUACUUUAGCUUUGCAGGGAAGAACGUGUUCAAAAUCUCCUCAGUUAAAUGUUCAGUAAGCCAGUGUUGCUAAGCAAUGAGGAUAAUCUUGGCCAACGGGCAGGGGUUUGGAUAACAUUCAUUGGCAGCAUUUAGGUCCAGAAAAGAAAAAAUUAAAUCACUGGUGGCUUAUAAGGCAUCUCAAAAAAAACAAAUGUUUUAACAAAUGUUAUUGUAGAUAAAAAAAAGUUAAAAUCUCAUAUAUGUUUAUAAAUAUCAUUUUGUUUCUCAGUUGUUCCGGCAGAUUUUUUUUUGAAAAUUGCAUUUCCCAAAAACAGCUUACACGUGCAGCAAAACGAAAUGGAUAAUAUGCAAAAAGCUGUAACUCGCUCCAAAACAUCUAAUGUGUCUAACUUCGUUUUUUCUGUCGGUGAUUAACUCGUCCCGCCCUGUAUGGCACGUUCUUGUCACUGUGUGAAAUCAAACUGGUGAAAAAUUUUUUUUUUUUGUCAGAAUAACAGUGUGUUCCUAACCUUUCUAAUUUACAAAGGUUUUUCUACUACAUGUUUUCACUAAGGCUGAAUGAGUGCCGCAGCAAACUCUCAUAACCAGAUGCUGAUUAUUCCACAUUCCACUUUGUAAAACAAAAGAGCAAUUCUGAGGAAAAAAGAUGAAAAUUUAUAUAGCACUAUACAGAACAAAAAAACAAAAACAAAACAAAGACAUCUUUCUCUGCGGGCUCUUGCCCCGUGAAGUAUUUAUCUGAGCAGGAUCGUCGGUCUUCAACAAGCUGUUGCACUCAAGCUCUAUAAAUGUGUUUUACAGCACUCUUACUCUUGAAUUACACCUGUAUACCAACUGCACAGUGCAUGCCAUUGGUCGGUCUGCCUUGUGCAAAGCUCCCCAGUCCCUAGUAUAGUUUGAGUUUUACCUGAAAACAAUAUUUAUCAGGUUGUCAGACUUAUUUUGGAGAGUAGAAGAAGGUGCUUUUAGCUACCCGCAUUUUUUCAUUGGGUUGUCACAGUGGAUGGAUCCACAUGCACAGACCUUACACCAGGUGCUCUUCCUGACAACCUGCCCAUUUAAUCAACCGGGCUUGCUACCAGCACAAGGAGUAUGGUAGCUUGUGACACCCCGAGGCUGCGCUUUUCUCAGAAUCAAACCAGGGCGUUUUCAUGUAUAAGGUGAAUGUGUUAACCGCUGCACCCCAGAGCCACUUAUUUUGGAGAGCAAAAUUAAAUAUAAAGAAAGAUAACCUAUCUAGAACACACAGAGUAAUUGUUCAAAUUUUAAACAAUAGUGAUUAGUCAUCAGACUAAAUGUGCUAAAUUAUUUGCAGUGUGCCACCAGUUUACAGCCUCCCACGUCAAAGAGUUCAGCCAGAAACAGACAAAAGAAACUCUUAAAGCCCCUGAAAACUUUGUUUCAAAUUUCACAGGGUUUUUUUUUUUUUCUUUCUAAAUAUGACUAAAAAGACAAAGCAAAAGUGAGAAAAAUACAAUCUACAUUUAAUACGAGACAACAGUAUAGGUGCCAUUUGAUAUGUACCAGAGUUUAAUUCACAUAUGGUCAAACCCUGAUUGGUAUAAAGACAAAUAUACAAAAGACAAAUAAAUAAAGUUCAAGCUCCAGCGUGGUGCCCAUGUAGGUUCAUCUGCACAUUACCAACAAGAAUCAUUCUGUUGUGAACAAACAACCAAAAUUUUAAAGGAUUUCAUUUAUUUAUUUAUUUUUAACAGCUUCAACUGUCAUUCAAUAAAUGAGCCAAAAACCAUCUCCCAGGCUGUAACACUGCUGUCUGUAGCUUUAAGAAGGAUGAAGUCAACACUUUAUUGUUGUGCUGGAAUCCUGUUAUGAAGACCGUAAGUGAAAUUUGCCGCUUGCGCCAUCAGCAUGGUUCAAAGUGUGUAUUCAUAUGUUGAAACGAUGACGCUGGUGAAGCAGAGUUGUCGAGUGAAUUGCUGGCUGGAUUCACGCACUUUCCCCCAUCGCAGUCUUGCACUUUGAGGAGAGCUGUAAAGUUAGCAACACAUGUAUUAGAUAAUACUUUUAGUUUUGAUUUCAAAGGAAAAAACUAAAUGAUUCUCUGCUCUUAUAGAUUAAUGCUGUAAAUAUUAGUAGAUACAUGAAAUAGAUUGUAUAAAAAAAAUCACCAAUGAAAUAUGAAUGAAAUUCAAUGACUGUAACCAAAACAGAAAAUUCUACUUCCACUGUAGAUUUAGAGAAAGUGCAGUACUGUAUGUCUGUGUAUAUUUUGUUUACAAAAUACUGUGAGUGUAUGUCCAUAAUCACUCUCUUACUGACACUCAAGAUUGUGAUUUUUUUUUUUUUUAAAUGUUUUUCACUAAUCCAAAGCAUUGUUGUCGCUGUUACUCUUGUGUGUGUGUGUGUGUGAACCCCACUGAAUGUUGUAGCAUUGUUCACCCCGAAGUAACACUGAAUCUUAGCGGGCACUGCUGUCAUGUCAAGUGUUUGUCAGCUCCUGAUUUGAAUACAGUGUUUGAUAUCCACAGAUUUGUCAUGUAGUUUACCAUUCACUGAACGGCAUCGUAAUGUCACCAUGAAAUACAGAGAUUGUAGAAGCACUCUGCCACUAUGCUGCAUUCAAUGGCAACUCAGAAUUUACAGUUUCCAGCCCAUAACAAUGAAAGGACACUGUACCGCUAGGUGGAGUUCUUUUUUUAAUAACACAAAUUACACAUUUUGCAUCAUUUACACGGGAAAUACAAAGUUACUUUUGUUAUGCCUGAUUUUGUAAAAUAUUGUCAGUGCUACUGACAAGACCUUGUGGUUCAUAGAGUUGUUCAUAUUAUGCAAAGGUAAGGACAGAAUUUUUAAUUGCACAAGCCCACACCCAGGGGAUGUCGAAUGCAGCAUUUAUUUCUACAGGAGUGAACUAUAAAGCCCAAACUACUUAAACAAGCAGGUGUGUUUCCAUUCACCUGUUUUUAUGCACAUUUCUAAAACUAGAAAACCUGAAUUAAAAAAAAAAAGAAUUUAUGGAUUCAGUCAUUUUUUUUCAUCAUUGCUUUCAGUCAUUUGAGGUUUGACUGGAGCUCUUAAUUAUGUCAGGCUGGUGCUACAUAAAUGAUCACUUACAGUAGAGGAAAUGCGGAAAAAAUCCAGCUUUCUCUCAUUGUCCGCCUGAAGUAACUAACUGAUGUUAUGGGUCACUGUGUCACCAGACUGAUGCCACGACAUCUGUUAGUGUGAGUUUUUAAACACAUUUUGAAACCAUGAAUAGAUCUGGGUAGACUUUUUAAUGUAUUGUUUAACUUUAUCUGUCCAUGCAUAUAUCUAUCAUUUCCUUCUAGUUAUCCGAUUCAGGCUCACGGGAGGGCUGGAGGCUAUCAGUCAUGGGGCAAAAGGUGGGGUACACCCAGGACAGGUCACCAGUCUAUCGCAGGGCGUUAACCUUAUCUUUUAAUAAAAUAAAUUUUUUUUUAAAGAUCCCAGUCAUUUUUGGUAGAUUCUGUUUGUCUACUGUGUAGGAAAUGUUUCUAAACGCAGGAGGAAAGAGGUAUGGUUAAGCCCUUGAAGCCAGAAAUAUUAAUAUCCCACUGGUGUAUAUAUCUUUUAAAAACUCAAACCAGAACACGCUUUGUACUUCGAUGGGUCUAACUACACUUGUGUGGAUGUUUUGUGUCUUUCUGCAGUUGACAUAGCUCUCUGAUAUCUUCCAUUAAUGUUCAUUCACUUUUGUCACUUUUUUGUAAAUGUGAGAAAACAAGAUGUAAAUGGUAAGGAUACUACUUACUGUGCAGCCAUUAGGUCAGAAAUAUUAGCCUUUCAUUUGGAGUUAUCAGGCAAAAAAUAGCCCCCAAACCAUAACUGCAUAUUAUUAUUAUUACAAAAGGAUACCACGAUGUUAUUCAGACACACUCCAUGUGUUUUUGUGCUGUAUGUGCCAGUUUGUCAUACAAUGCUUCACAGACGUCUGUCAUUAUGUGUGAGACAGAUGUGAUCCUGAAGCAUUUUUGAUGAUUAGCUUUGGAUGUGAUGAAGACUUAAAAUGAGUGACCUCAGGGCUUCAUAACUAACUGCUGUACUGAAAGAGCAUAUAUAUACAGUACUUCUAUACCCUUAUCAGGUGCUCUCAAACCACUGUAGAUUUAUUGUUGUUAUCAGGAGCUUUUUUGGUUAGUUUUUUUGCAGGAGUUGUACCACUGUUAUUUCCAGAUAAAAUAUCAGAAAUAACAAUAUUACCAAGAGCCAAAAGGUGGUAAAAAUGUUCUGCUUCCCGUGAUUCUGGUUUGAAAUGGUGGCUGCAGGAUGUGGCAACAGCAACUACUGUGGGUUGAGUGUUAUCUAGCUUCACAGAAGUGUCAGAAGGAUGUGUGUACGUGCAUGUAAUGUUAAAGUUGGUUGUGUAAAAAAAAAAAAGAAAAAAAAUAUGUAAUAACCGGUGUAUGCUGGACCAAAUAACUUUCUAAAAUGUGUGUGGUGAUGAGUUGUACAACAUUGUUGUGUAAAUGUGUUUUCAUUAAAACGCCACUCGUAAGUGCCACA